AUGCAAACCAGAUCUGACCCUGAACAGGUUGAAGGUAGAGGCGACGACGCCGCCCACCGCAAAGAUGGCGACGAGCACACCGUCGCGGGCUGGCUCACCGUGGCCGGCUCGUUUCUCGUCUACUUCGUGUCCUAUGGCUACAUGAAUAGCUUUGGGUACUUCCAGGACUACUACCUCGGCCAUAGUCUGGCUGGGUACCCGAGCUCGGUCAUCGCGAUCAUCGGGUCGCUCCAGCUUGGUCUUAUGAACCUCAUCCAGCCUGUCGCCGGUGGUCUCGCCGAUUCGUACAGCCCGAGCAUCCUCUACGCUGUCGCGGCUGUCGGGGCGAUUGUCUCCAGCGUCGGCGUCUCAUUCGCCCAGCCAGGCCACAUUUGGCAGUUCAUCCUCACUCAGGGCGUCAUCUUUGGAUCAACCGCCGUGUUUGGUACAGCGGUCUCCUUGCCUCUCGCUAGUCAGCACUUUACGAGAAGACGCGCAUUAGCCAUUGGUAUUGUCGCUAGCGGGAGCAGCGCGGGAGGAGUCUGCCUACCCAUCAUGUUCUCUCAUCUUGUGCCACGUAUCGGCUUCGGCUGGGCUUUGCGAAUUGCUGCGCUGAUUGCUCUAGGAUGCUACGGGAUCGCUAUUCUCAUCUCGCGGCCCAAGCUGCCACACAAGCCUGUGAAAUCCAUCUGGUCUAUUGUGGACUUCAAUGGCUUCCGCGACCCCCGAUACUCUACACUGGCGCUUGCUAAUGUGGUCGGUAACUUUGGGCUUUACGUACCGUUCUACUACUUAGAGCCGUACAUCGCGGUUCACCACCCGGGAGCCGCGGUGAGGAACUACCUUCUCCCGCUUAUCAACGGAUCAAGCUUCUUCGGCCGAGUGAUCGGUGGAUACGUAGCCGAUCAUACUGGUGGAUUGAACCUCCUCUAUCCACUGACGGCAAUUUCGGGCAUACUCUGCCUUACCUUAUGGCUUCUAUCCACCAGCGUCAGCAUGAUUGUAGCUUUUGCCUGUUUAUACGGCUUCUGCUCGGGAAUAUUUAUCAGUGUCACACCGUCCGUGACCGUCAGACUCUCUCCAACUGAUAAAGUCGGUGCCCGGCUGGGCGCAUUCUCCAUCUGGAGCACAAUCGGAGUCUUCACCGGCACGCCCAUAGGCGGCGCUUUCGUCCGACGAGGCACGCCGGAAGAAUAUCAGCACCUGAUCAUCUUCACCGGCAUGUGCCUCACUGCCUCCGCUGUCCUGCAGUUUGCGACGCGCAUUCUCUGUGAUAGAGAUCUACGCAAGAAGUGGUAA